AAAUUGGCUUCUGCAGCCAGAAAUUUCUCUGAAUUAUGGGGUCCAGCAAUGUCACUAUUUGUCCACUAGAUGUCGAUCCGUCCAUCUGUGUGUCAUGCUGCAUUUUUCUCAUAGAGAACUGGAACAACCAUUCUCUUCUGUUUAGUUCCAAUCUGUACUGCAAUCUUCAAUGCGAGAUUAAAAGGUUUAGAUAAGAGGAUACGCGCGUUUAAAUGAAACGGAUCUAUGGUGCACUGUCGAUUUGUGUAGUUUCACUAUUAUUUCAGUGUGUGAAGUUUAUGUUUGGACCUUUCCAUCUUUGCGGACCAUAACACGAAGGAAGCGGAAAUUAACAGCCCGCUUGCUUUUCCCGGAGCUACUCCGGAGUCGGGAAAAUUAACUGCAACCGUAAGCCCUAUGAACAUGAUUUUACUGUUGUUAAAAUGCAGUAUUUCUAUGUAGUUCUUUAUUUCACUGCGUAAGAGGGAUCGGAGAGGGAGACUCUGCACCUCUGUGCGCUGGGCUGACAGCACCCAGACAAGGAAGAUCUGUCACUCCACGGUCAGCAGUGACAAGGACAGAUAUUAGGAGAUUGAAUCAGAUCAGUCAGGGCUGUUAUUCUGCCUAUAGAAGCACUUCCUUCUGGAGCUUUAUAUCUGUCUCACAUCCACACAGCCCAUGCCAUGGAGGCAAUAGCUAAAUACGAUUUCAAAGCUACUGCGGAUGAUGAAUUAAGUUUCAAGCGAGGAGAGAUUUUAAAGAUUUUAAAUGAAGAAUGUGACCAGAACUGGUACAAGGCAGAACUCAAUGGAAAAGAAGGAUUCAUUCCUAAAAAUUACAUAGAAAUGAAGCCACACCCCUGGUUUUAUGGGAAGAUUCCCCGUGCAAAGGCAGAAGAAAUGUUAAAUAAACAGAGACACGAUGGAGCUUUUCUCAUUAGAGAGAGUGAGAGUGCACCUGGAGACUUCUCGCUGUCUGUCAAAUUUGGGAAUGAUGUCCAGCACUUCAAAGUCUUACGGGAUGGAGCAGGAAAAUACUUCUUGUGGGUGGUCAAAUUUAACUCGUUAAACUCUUUAGUGGAUUAUCAUCGGUCCACUUCGGUGUCCAGGAAUCAGCCCAUUUUCCUCAGGGACAUUGAACAGGUACCAAAGCAUUCUACAUAUGUUCAAGCUUUGUUUGACUUUGACCCUCAAGAGGAUGGAGAGCUGGGUUUCAGGCGUGGAGAUUUUAUCCAGGUCCUGGACAACUCUGAUCCUAAUUGGUGGAAGGGGGCUUGUCACGGACAGACCGGAAUGUUCCCUCGCAACUAUGUCACACCUGUCAAUCAAAACAUGUAACUCGCAGAGAAAAUGUUUGCUUGCUUAAAGCACCUGUGGACAUCCAGCUGGGUUGCCAUGGAAACAGAAACCACAGAGUGAUGGAGAGAAAAGGCUCAAUUGGUGACGUCGAUGUCGAUUGGCCGGUAAAAUAAAGACUGUGCUGUUUGGAGUGGUUGACAUUUUAAGAAGCACUAUUGGCUGUGUGAGGAAGAAUGCUCCAGACUGAUAUUUCGUUCAUGUACUGUUUCACAUCAGCUUUGCUUUAUAUGCAACUUUAUUUCAUGUUAUAUGACAUCAGCUGUACUAACGAAAAAUGUUAUUUUAUGUGAAGGAAAUUCACAAUAUCACAAUCACAAUACUGGUACAGUUUUGCAUCAGGAUUUAUUUUAAACACCAUGUUAUGCUUGAUUUGUAUUGUUAAAAUGCAUCACGCAUGUUUCAUGCUUAAUUUUUGUAUUCGUCUUUUGUCAUCUUUCCAGA